AAAAAGAGGUUACAGGAGAAAUGGCGGAGCCAGAUCUUCAUUUCUUUAAUUCGAGUGAAAGGUGGAACCAGUGGAGUGUUGAAGUCAUAUCUGGUUUACAAGAGAAGCUGCAACCUUAUGAAUCCUGGGUGGUGCAUAUCUCCGUAUUAGGUGACAAUCGAGAAGCAUUCACCUUCUUCUUUCCUAUUUUUGCUGGACUGAAAAAUGAGUUAGGAGCUCGUGCACUAUGGGCUGCGAUACUGGUGGAAUGGUCAAACCUUCUUUUAAAGUGGGCAUUCAGAGGAGACCGACCUUAUUGGUGGACGGGAGAGACCUCUCUGUACAAUGAAGAAACUAGACCAUUUCUGCGGCAAUUCCCAAACACCUGUGAAUCAGGUCCUGGUACUCCCUCAGGGCAUGUCAUGAUGAAUGUGGCACUCUUUUAUAUUGCUGCAAGAGGCAUUACUACUUUUUUCAUUUGGAAUUCAGUAACUCUCAAUAAAAUUCAGAAGUGGAUUCUCGCAUUCCUGAUAUACAGCCUCUAUAUCUGCUGGAAUACAAUGGUAUUCAUCUCGCGCCUUUACAUCCAGGCUCAUUUUAUUCAUCAGUGUAUUUUAGGAGUCAUCAUAGGCUUAUUUGUUGGGCAUUUAGCUUGGACUAGUGAACGUUUGCUGAAACUUACAAAGGGCCUUGCAGUUUUCGUAGCAGUUUUUCUCAUAUUCUCUUCUGUGAUGACAUACUACCUCUUACUCUCCCAAGGAAUGAAUCCUUUGUGGACAGUUUCUCUGGCUCUCAAACAUUGCAUGAGACCAGAGUAUGUUAAGGUUGACACACAGCCUUACUAUUUGAUUAUGAGAUUCACUGGAGCAGCUCUUGGAUUAGGUCAAGGAAUUUCAUCAGAACAGAGGAAGGCAGUGCUUCAUUCCCGGAUCAGUAGCAUACACAUGUUGCUAGGGGUCAAAGGAGGCAUACUGAUUGGGAGAAUGUCUGCAAUAAUUCAGGCAAGCUUACCAAAGGAUGACAUGAUUGUGUUCCUGAUGCUGUCAUUUGGCCUUAACAUUGCCUUACCGUUGAUCAUCAUAGCUGUAUUGCCAAAGUUUGUUUUGACCAUGUGUUCAGCUUAGUAUUUAAUUUACAUAUGUAAUGACUGUGGCUUAGUAAGUGGUCUGCAUGUUUAGUAGACCUCCAUAAUUAAUUUAUGAGUGAAGAAAAUCUUAAUUUAUGACAAGGAUCUACAUCAGGCCAUUUUCAAGCUGAGUAAUGCUAUGUAUAAUGCAAAUAGUAUUAUGAAGAGGAAUAAGGAAAUUUUUAGAAGAAUAUUAGAAAUAUAUCCAAUUUUUGUGUUCUGAGCCAGAAGUGUGAAUUAGCUCAAAAUAUAAAUAGAUGUGUAAUUUAUUUAACUCUAGGUUCAGUAAUGAGUUUGGAUAACAAGCACAGUACUUUGAUGAAAGUUAUUUUUGUCAUGUUUUCAAAGUAUAUUUCUCCAUUGUACCUGGAUUUGUAAGCUUUCAUAAUAUGAAAUAAAAUCAAAUA